ACAAACAACCGGAAAUGCUCGCUGUAUCCACUGCGGCGGCGAUAGAUCCGUAAGAAGUUAAACUCGGAGCUGAUUUUUAUUUUCCGUUAAACCAGGAUGGCGGGCACGGCGCUCAAGAGACUCAUGGCCGAGUAUAAACAGCUGACCCUGAACCCACCUGAGGGGAUCGUUGCAGGUCCGGCCAACGAGGAGAACUUCUUUGAGUGGGAGGCUCUCAUCAUGGGUCCUCAGGAUACAUGUUUUGAAGGUGGAGUGUUUCCAGCUGUCCUCAGUUUCCCCUCUGAUUAUCCUCUCAGUCCUCCCAAGAUGAGGUUCACCUGCGACAUGUUCCACCCCAACAUCUAUCCAGACGGUCGGGUGUGUAUCUCCAUCCUCCACGCUCCAGGUGACGAUCCGAUGGGAUAUGAGAGCAGUGCAGAGAGGUGGAGUCCAGUCCAGAGUGUGGAGAAGAUCCUGCUGUCAGUCGUCAGCAUGUUGGCAGAGCCGAAUGAUGAGAGCGGAGCGAACGUCGACGCCUCUAAGAUGUGGCGUGAGGACAGAGAGCAGUUCUACAAACUCGCUCAGAAGAUUGUACGUAAGUCUCUAGGCCUUUAGAGAUGAUGUCAUCAGCGUGCGACGUGUUUCAGAAACACUCCUCUUUAACAAAACUGCAGCAUCGACUUAAUGAAGAUCUGAGCAUCUUCCCCCGUCACCAUGGAAACCAGUAACAUACACAUACACACAGAAACACACAGAGUGCUGCUGAGACGGACAGAUCAAUGAACUGAUGGACGGACAUUUUGAUCAAUAAACAAUCCAACAAGCUACACAACUUUAAAUUUACUAAACAGAACAAGAAGAAAACCAGUCGACAGGAGUCAUGUGAUGACAUCAUCAUCAUCAUCAUCAUCAUCAACUGUGUGGAUGCUUCACACCGACAGCAGCUGAAACAACACCUGCAUCAACACACAGGUCACAGAUGAACACUGACGACAAUCAACAACAGCAAUCAACAAUUAGGGACAUAAAAUAAUCAAUAUAUACUAUAUGUAUAAAAAUUAUUAAAAUUUAGUAAAGUUAAAAAUCCAAAGACAAACUCGAUAUCCACCCUGAACAUCAAACAAAAAGUGGAAAUAAUUUAAAAUUUAAAGUGAAAUAAAGCUCGGGUGUGACGUCUUCAUCACACCAACAGACAUUUAAAUAAAAAUGUCUUUAUUCUGAAAAUCCUGCAGCACUCAGUUAAGUAUCAGCUUGGCCUUAAAAAUUUCACAAUAAAUGUUUUUUUUUUUUUUUAACCAAACAUUAAUAAUAAUUGAUAAAGCAGAUAAUUGAUGGUCAUAGCCGCGGUGAUGUUUCCUGCUGCUGUCGGUCUGAUGUGGGUCGGUCUGAAGCUCCUUUAGCUUCUCUCAGUUGGACUUUAUGCACUUUAUCUGAAGGACGUUUGUCUCCGUCUGUCUGCGGGACGCCUGGACGUAUUCAGAGGACGAGCUCCGGCUGCUUUAAGGGUGUUAUUAUAUUUUUAAGAAAUGAAGCUGGAUGUUCUUUGUUUGGUUUUAAAGUUACAGACGAGACGAUGAGAGUUUCUUUUAAUUUGUCUCUUAAUUUGAAAAAAAUAAAAUAAACUGAGGGAAGAAAAACAGA